AUGAUUGUCUACAAAGAAAAUGCUUAUGUUAAAGCAUUAUUGAAUCAGAUAUUCCAUCUUGAUGUUGAAGAAGUUCAAGCCGAAGAUUAUAUUAGCAUUAUCCUAGUCAGACCAAAUUCAUUUUUAACGUUAUUGAAACCGAACAAAG